CAGGUACCGGACCAGUUCAAUACACUGAUUCGAACGAUCAGCAGCACGGUGUGUAGGUGUAGGUACGACGAUCCACUGGUUAUAGUACUACCGAUACAGUACACGCAGUGCUUUCCAUCCGACUCGAUUCACCACCCGUAUCUCGACACGUGAACAUGAAAGCUGCGAUCGUAGUUUGUUCCUUCUUCCUGCUCCUUGGUGUGUGCCAAGCCAAAGCGUUCGACGUUCCUUAUUCAAGAGUGGUACAUCCGGGAGAGAAGAUAGAGAAGGAUAACCCAUACUUCAGAUACGUGAAGGAGGGUGACUACAUCCCAGACACCGAAUACGUCUCCGCUGCGUCAUCCGGCAGUCCGGUAAGGUAUCGACAGCCAAUCAAAGGGGGCGGACAGGAAGGACAGUAUGUCCCUGGGGAUGAAGGCAAAUACCGACCGGAGGCUUCACAACGAAACGCAGUGAGCAGUCCAAGGCCUUACGUCCACAGCAACGCGGGUACAUACAGACCGGAGGCAUCCAGGACGCUGUCAGUGAGCAGUCCAAAGCCUUAUGUCAGCAGCGCUGGUACGUACAGGCCAGAAGUGUCUCCAUCGUCUUCGAUAGUGACCAGUCCGAGGCCUUUCGUCACUAGUGGUAGCGGUGCUUAUAAACCAGAGUCUGUAUCGUCGACAGUGAGACCAGCAUCCAACCCGAAGCGAUAUGCUCCAAACAACCAAGCAUUCUUUACCAGUAACCAGAUCAAGUAUCGACCAUCUGCGUCAUCGAUAACCGGAAAUGCUGUGCAGUACUUGGCUCAAGGACAAUACUUUCCAGAUGACACCGGAAGAUAUAUCCAUGACGACUCAGGAAGGUAUAUUCCGGAUUACAGUGGGCUUUGGCAAGACGACGGUACAGGAAGGUACACACAUAUGGAUGUGCCAUACAAACCAGAAGCUACAGUGAUCAGAAAACAGUACCUGAUUCCAUACGGAUUGUUCCCUGGUGCUAAAUACGGUACCUUUGAUGACAGCAGGUGGAGGAUUCUACGCCUGAUCAACGACCAAAACAAAGAAGGAUAUCACUACGAUUUCGAAACUGAAAACGAGAUAUUUGGAGCCCAAGAUGCCGUUAUCCAGAACAAAGGUACAGAAGAUGAAACCAUCAACGCUCAAGGUUACUACAAGUACACAGGACCCAACAACAUCAUCUACGAAGUUGAAUACACAGCUGACGAAAACGGAUUCAUUCCUACGGCAGCACACUUACAUCCUGCUCUGAAGAGGGCGCUUGAAUAUCAACUGAAAUCCAAAGAAAACAACAAAAAGUAGAAGACUAACUAAAUGUUACCACUAUAACUCGAUUUUCUUGAUUUGCCAUACAUUUGUGUUUCAUUUCUUUUUGCGACAUUCAAAUCUAAUGGGAUGAUAAUGCUCGAGUCAUGGAAAUCACUAACUAUGAUAGAAGAGAUAGGCAGUUGUAAUGUUCAACCAUAGUGAAUUACAUUCAUCAAGUGUAGCAGAUUCAAUUGCAUCGUAAGUUUGCCAUGCGAUUUGUCUCACAUAGUAUCAUAAGGGCUCUUCGAGAUGUUCAGAGUCAAGCAUUAUAAUCCCUAUAACAUCAAGACGAGUGAGUAAUGAAUGUCAAGUCUGUGUGAUCAUUAUUAUAUUUUAAGGAACCUGCAAUUCCUAGCAUGCAUCAGCCAUUUUGUCAGGUUGUCGCUUAACUUGGUAGAAGUGGAUAUACAGGGUGAUAUUUCACGAUAGGUAAUUAGUUUUUGUAAGAGUUUGUGUUCCAAAUAGAAAUGAAAGCCUUUCCUAUGCAGUGACUCCGUCCAGAUGAGGAGUUUCAAACGAAAUUGUAACGAUUUGUGUUUAUAUAUAUAGAUCUGGACGUUGACGAUACGAAGAAGGUAGCUAUUAGGUCUUUAUUUAUUUGAAGUUAGUCUAAAACUAAGUUAAAUUCUAAUUUAAUUACCUUUAUGUUAGCUGUGUAAGUAUUUAAAAAGUGUACUUUGAGCGUUGAUACAACUGCAAAAAUAAACAGAAUUAUUUAUGCAAACAUUUUUGUAUUUCUUUAAGUCUAAGCGCAAUAGGCUCUCUUCACCGAAACAAAUUAUUAAUAUUUCUAAUAAAUCAUUUAUCAAU